AAGACAGCCUCCACUGGAUCCGGCUGAUUUACCUGCUCUGCAGGUUGCACAACUUAAGUGCAAAUAAGCAUUCACUGCAUAAAGCCAACUGACAACCAGCGAAUAUAUGGGACAAGCUCACAGAGACAUUCCAGGUAACAAGCAGAUUGAGGCAACAAGUUUGAGAUUACAUGAGACAAAGAGACUGCACAAUUGACAGAAAAAAGCACAGUACACAUCUAAAAUGAAAGAGGGCUCUCUUUACUCGUGCUCAGGUUUAACUGAUGCCAGCCAUUUGCUCCUGGAAGAGUUGGAUCCUAAAGACUAAAGUUCAUUAUAGAAUGUAAACUGCACAAAGAAAUAGCAGGGACUGCAGUCUGCGCACUCCAGGGAAUAUGGAGAACACCAUUCUCAGUCUGCAACUUGGGAAAAAUGCUCUGAACCUCUUGCCGUGUAUUUUUCUGCAUGUCAUUCAGAACAAGACCAUUUUCACUUCUCUGCUCAUCCUCAUGAUCACAGAUGCACUUGUUACAGGAUUCCUGGUGUUUUUCUGGCUCACUGGCUGGCCGCUGUCACUUGGUUUGGAGAUGGUGGCUCUGCGCUUCCUAUACCUUCAGAAUGAGACCUACCGCUGUGUUUCUGUGUUGCUCACAAUGCUUGCCUUCAGUGAAGAAUGGACCCGGGCUCACUUUAGGAAAUGUGCUGAUAUUGGUGCAGCUGAACAGGCUUUCUUACCGCAGUGUAGUUUGCUAAGCCUUGCCUGCUGGAUGAUUGCGAUAUCCAAUGUCUAUCCUGUUGCAAGUACCAUCUCUGUGUUGCCAACCAUGUGCAAUAACUGGGAUUGGCAUUGCCUGUUUACAUUUCUCAGUGACUUUGAGACUUCUAACAAGAUCCUUCCUUGUAUUGGUGGUGUGCUCAGUAUAACUCUGCUCUGUGGCACACUGCAGAAAACAGACUUGGUACCAGAACUCAGACUAAGCAUAUGGAGAAAGCCCAGAAUCUUUAUGAUCUCAGUUCUGAGUGGAACAUUUGCUGCAGUAUUCUUCUGGUUCCUUCCACCUUUCCUGGCAGUCGGUUCAUGGUCAGCAUUUGCUCUUGAGACAUGCUACAGUAUUUUAAGGACACAGCACCCUGAGUCACUGAGCACAGUACAUCCCAAUGAAGAAUUUGACCAACCUAGCAUUACAGUGGAAAAGCAUCAUACUUGAUAAUAAUGUAUAACGAUACACAGUCAAGAUGAAGGCGCACUAUAGAAUGUCUGGGAUGAACAGAUGGGAUAGAAAAAGUAAUUUGCCAUAACAGAAUGUUUUGGUCACAUAAAGGAUAGGAUUCUAACAAUGUCACAACAGGUUAAAAGAAAAGGCAAAAUAAUGCAGCAGGUACGACAAGAAUGCAGGAAAGAACAGUGCAUGGAAAAAAAGACAUUACACGAUGAAAGGAAAAUGUACUUUCUUAUUGUUUUCUCAAUUCAGUUUUCAUAAAUGGUAAUUACUAUACAAAUGCACAAACUGCACAGCAAACAGGAGAUGGAAAAAAUGUCACCGUUUCCAGAUUGAUUACAAAGGGAAGUACUCACCUGUUGUUCAUCAUCUUCAUCUUCAGCCUCGCAAUCCUGACAUGCUGACUGGGGGUACAGGAAACAGAUGUAAUUUCUGUUCUUAGUCUAAGUAGAAGUGAGCAAUGUUCCCUUGAAUUCCUGCUUGGUUAUGUGCACACAGGAAUUCUAAUGUGCGCCCAUUUUAAACUUGUGUGUACAGUUUUUAAAACCUGUGUGCUCUGGUCAGCAUUAAUAAAAAAUGUAGUGUUUUUACCCAAAAUUCUUUGUGUGCACCACAAUUUGAUGAGUGCGCUGGACACUGGAAAAUUUGAGCGCACGUGCAGGAGCACACUCUUUAGAGGGAACAUUGGAAGUGAGCAAGUGAAUAAUACAUAUAUGUAUACACACACAAAUAUAAAAAACACAGAAGAACGACAUUCGGACCUGCUUAUGGUGUGCACAUUACAUAUCUCUACAUUCAUAUAUUCACAGAUAAGUAAAUAUAUAUAUAUUGUGUGUAUAUGUAUGAACAACAUGCGGCAUCCAACUAACAACUGAAGUUUAAAGAUACGGUGCUGGGUCCUAUAGUUAAACAAGAUGUAGAGGGCUGCAGGUUUCCCUGAUGCAUGGCAUGUCACCCUGUCAUUUUUGGCUGUGCAUUUGCAUAUGAAUCAGAUACCUUGCUCUGCAGAACAGCUUUAAAACAUACAGAUUUCCUCCAGUUGCUUUGCAUCUGACAUACAUUGGCCCUUCAUCUCUUUCAACACUUCAUUCAUAGCCUCUAAGAUUUCCAUCACAACAGCAGCCUCUUUAUCCUUCAUUGCCCCUUGCAGAUAUGAUGGCAUAACAUAGGACAGGAGACAAAACAGAGAAAAAGACAAAAACAUAAGAAAGAUGAAAAAAGAGAGGGGAAGAAAACAGAUAUUGCUAUAUAAAUUAUAUUUGCAUACAAUCAGUGAAAUAUAUCUGUGUUUCUCACCUGAAUCAGACUCUACAGUGAACAAGUCAUAGUACUGGGUGCUGCAUGUGGGCCCUACAGGCUUUCUUUGCGGCAAGUGGUCUCGCACCAGGGCUAGCCCCCUUCUAGUUACGUUACUGUUUAAAGGGGACCAGUCACCUUAAGAUAUAAUCCAAAAUCGUAUUUUAUGAUGUUAGUCAAACAAAGUAAACUUCACUUAAACUGUACAAAAUUAUUUAAAUCUUUUUAGUCUUAGAAUCCACAAUCAGAGCACGCAGGCAGGUGCCAUUUUGUAGACAUUUUUAUGAAGGCAAGCUUUGGAUCAUGCCAAAAGUUUGUUUAUACUCCAGAAUGGGGCACCUGAUGCCCAUGCACUGGCUACAUAAUUGGAUGGUGAGAAGGGAGGAGGAAUGUGGGCAGUGCACUGAAAUAGAGGAAGUGCAGACUGGAAAAUGCAAUAAUUGCCUACCCCACCUCUAUGCUUCAGGCACAGAAGAGGGGCAGGGAAUCUAUGAUUGACAGAUGAGACUUUAAACGUGUUUAUAACCGGUAGGGAUGUUUUAAUUGAAAAAAGAAUUUGGGUCUAAUGUUUAAUUUGAAAAUUACUUUUAUUAUACAGCUUUUUAUGUCUGGGUGAUAGGUCCCUUUUAAUAAAAUGUGCCCCAACCUUUUAGCCUGUUCUAUGUUGUUGUUUUUUAGGGAGGAAAACUGACAAAAUAUUGUUUAUUUUUUUGGUGUCUUUUUAUCCAAUCAGUUUGGCCCUAUGUCAUUUGACAGGCCUUCAUACUUAUUUAACCCUCCACUGACUCCUCCCCUGCUGUUAUUUACCUGCUGUGUUGGCCUCACUAGGAUUCUUCCGGCACACAAGUUUCAUAGAAAGCACAAACUUCACCAUAGCACUGCAGGCAGAUUUCCUGACAUUCUCAUGUAGAUCCUAGGGAAAAAUGCAUAGAGUUUAUUACAGGUAUUGGCAAUGCAGUUACAGUUCCUUGCUAAUAUUUAGCAAACAGGUCUGGAAACAUAACGUGGUGUGAAAACACCUGAAAAAUCCACCCAUAGGUUAAUUUCACUCUUCGUGUGUUAAUGGUUUGUAACUUGAGACACCCAAUAUAUAAAAAUGUAGAGUUAAAAAAACAAACAAAAUUAAUUAUUCCAGAUUUGGACUAUGUUUGGACUUCAUGUUCUGUCCUGCCCCUUCACAGUAAAAACACUCUUCCAUUUUGUAAUGUCUAUGUAAUUAUUUUCUGGCACACAUCUGCAGCCAUAAUUGUCUCCUGUACGACUCUGUUGUUUGCUUAGUAUAUCUAGUUUUUCAAGAUGUUUCAAUAAAUAAUUAUACAUGAAAUCA